AAGAACAUACUACAACAACAUAUAUAUAUAUAUAUCUAGCGUUCGUAAAAUAAAUUAACUGCUUAAGAUUGAUUGAAAAUAAAACAACACUCAUUAUAUUUACGGUUUUAUUCCAUAAGGCAUUUACGAUUUGAGCAGUCGAAGAAUGUAAACGCGGUGGGAGGUUUGAACUUCGUCUGCUAGGAGUACAAACAUUUAUUUAAGCCCAAUGCUCGACUGGCGCGUAAGUAGUGUUUGUAAAUCUGCGAGAAACUGUGUUGUACAAAAGUGCCAUUUAUGACAUUUCUACUUUAUCACUCUUUUUCUCUUUUUUUUUUCAGUUGUUAUUGCAAGAAAGCAGCCAAGAGUUUGUCUCAUUCAAGAUUAAGAUUAGGUUAAUGGUCGUAAUGAAAUUUAACUGAAUCGGCAGGCUCUAUGACAUGCCGAAAUCGUAUGACGAUCUCUAGCUUCUUUUUCUCACGUUUUGUUUGACAUAUUGAAGUGCGUCGCAAAUAUCAACUUGCGAAAUUUAAUAGCAGAUUGGGGAUAUGCUAUAAUUUGAUGUUUGGUGUACACGGUAGGCAGCUGUGAGAAUAGCUGCUCUAUAUAGAAUAACCGGUGAACUAAACGCAUACGACCACUGAGAACAAAUAAAAAAGCGGAAAACUAAGCCUUCCCAGAAAAAGUGAAAAAUCGCACAAAAAGGAAGAGAAAAGUGCCACGCAUCCCGGUUGAAUUACGAGUACACUGCUAACGUAGAUCAAUCGCUCAGCUGAUUUGGUAUCCUUUCGUACCAGUUUAGAUUGUGAUCUGAAUAUCUCUAAACCGAAAAUGAGCGAUAUUUGGGCAACGGCAGCACAGUUACAGCGCAAGAUUCUCGAACCUCGCACCGCUUCUGAUCAGAUGGCUGGAGUGCGAGGCAUGUUAGUGCUGUGGGAGGCUCUAUUCAGACAGGGAAGGAUAAGUGCGGAGGCCCAUGUCUUUCUUAGGAUCCAGUACUCAUCAAUGUUGGAUAGAUUAUGGCAAUCUGAUGAGGUAUUGUCACAAUUUCUUCCAUUGAAAGGAAAUGUAUUAACAAGCAUUAGUUCAAAAAGCGACAAAAACGAAUCCCAUGUCGUCCAACAUCGAGUAGCUGAGACAGCUCGUUGCAAAAGUUCUUGCACUCGGGAAAAAAUCCGCGACCUAAUCGAAAAACGUGGAAAAGCGACGAAGGAAAAAAAUUCGACCUAUUUUGAUAGUAGCGAAAUCCAGUACGCAAUCGAUAAUGCUUUUAUCAACCCACAAGAGAUGGAUUCAAGUGGCAGGCCACCUCUAUAUGAUUCUAAAGACGGCUCAUACAUCGAUAAAGGGACUGGCGAACCGUUCGAUGUGGUUGCUUUUGUCAAACACUGGAAGGAGGUAAUACUAUCCAUGACGUCACAACCUUCAGCGUCAAAUGCAACUUCUAGUUCUGUCACUUCCACAAAAGCUCCAUGUCAUCCGUUCUCUACUGCUAAGGACAUGCAUGACGACGAAUUGGUCAAGAAUGGCAAAAGGAAAAAGCCCGAACCAUCUAAUUCUGCUGAGUGUUCGAACCAAAACUCCGACGAAUUUAACGGAGCUUUGAAAUGCAUGGACCCGACUCUUGUCGCGGUUAUUAAAAACGAGAUGAUGACCGUUCGGCCCCAGAUAACAUGGAACGACAUCGCGGGACUGAAGUUUGCUAAACAAACAGUCACCGAAAUGAUAGUCUGGCCUCUUCUCAGACCGGACAUUUUUAAAGGUGUUCGUGAACCUCCAAAAGGUCUUCUUCUGUUUGGACCUCCUGGAACAGGCAAAACGUUAAUCGGAAAAUGUAUAGCAGCUCAGGCCAACGCCACGUUCUUCUCAAUUUCGGCUUCAUCGCUCACUUCUAAAUGGGUUGGUGACGGGGAAAAGUUAGUCCGUACACUUUUUGCUGUGGCACGGGUUCAUCAACCAUCGGUUGUCUUCGUCGACGAAAUAGAUUCUCUUCUCUCACAGAGGUCAUCAAGUGAACAUGAAUCUUCCCGGAAGAUAAAAACGGAGUUCCUUGUUCAGAUGGAUGGAGCUCAUACACAUAAGGAAACUAACCGAGUACUCAUUAUUGGGGCGACUAACAGACCGCAAGAACUCGACGAAGCCGCACGACGACGUAUGGUAAAACGUAUCUACAUCCCUCUACCGACUACGAAAGCGCGCCGACUUAUCGCGCAAAAAUUGCUUUCAAGCAUCGAUCAUUCAAUAAACGACGCCGAGCUAGACGUUAUUGCACAGCGGACAAACGGGUACUCGGGUGCUGAUGUCGAUAACCUCUGCCGCGAAGCAGCUAUGAUGCCCGUUCGACAGCUGCACGACGAUUCUUCUGACCUCAGUUCACUCACCUUAGAUAACAUUCGUCCCGUUGUACUAGGCGACUUCUUGGCGGCUCUUCGGAUUAUACGGCCAUCAGUGAGUGAGUCCUGUCUCGCCGAUUACGAGAAAUGGAACCAGCAGUUUGGUUGUUGCGUUUACACUGAAGAAUCGAACGACCCCGGGAAUAGCGCAGAACCUGUUACCGACAGCUAAGCCGCCGACCCAC